AUGGACGCCCCAUCAUCUCUGGGUUCGUCCGAAUUACUCUCCGGCUUCUCCGUGGAUUGGCCGAUGUGGAGCAGUCCGUGGUCCGAGGAUAUUCCCGGCGUACACAGAGAACAGAACGACGCAGACUUACUCGACGUCAACGACCAUAUCGCCAGUAUUAAUACCAGCUCCCUUUUCAACCAUGGAAAGGAUUUCACCCCGCCGCAGCACAACCUGAUCGACCUCCCACCACUUGCACCAACGGCCGAGGACGUGUCCAGAUAUCCGAAAUCACCGCAGCGAUCUCUCGAAUCAUACGCUUUCCAAGCUUCCUCGGACCUGUGCAACAAUAUGCCAUGCAUCACAGAGGGGAGCAGUGGACUAUUUCUACCGACGGAGCAUAACAACAUCCCCGAUAUUGUACAGCUCUCAGGGUUGGUGGCGGAGAUUCACGAAGCGCUAAUUACGCUGAGUGGAGGCCAUACGAGUCCGAACAAAGCGAGUGCCCUCGACACGUAUCCCAUGGGUCCGGUCUUAAAGCUGGCGCGAAGAUUCAUGGCUCUGCUCCGCAGUUUUUGGGCAGCCAAGUCGACCUCGGUCUCGGUCAAUGAUGACAGCCAUUAUGAUAAAACUGCUCCUUCCUCUUCUUCGCUUUUCCCGACGUCGCCAAUCAAUCAUACAGACCAUUCAAAUACUCAGACUCGCGUGAAUGACGUGCCGACUAUGCUGUUGGUGCUGACUUGUUACGCGUCCCUCCUGAAGCUAUACAUGAUGGUAUUUUCCCAAAUAGAGAGUAGCAUCGAGCAGUUACCUGAUCCAACGUACUCGAAUUGCAACACGCCAGCACUUGUCCAGGGGGGCAAGGAAGAUGACAGAGGUCUGCGGCUCAGAGAGCUCUUCUCAUCACCGACAAACGAGACAUGCAGUAGGCUGUACAUAGCCGUGCAGAUGGUUCUGGAUGAGCUCCAGGCCGUGGAUGAUCUUGUCGGUUGCUCUACCAGUCUGCCCAUUUUUAAGACCUCGCAGAGUCAUUAUGGGGAUAAUAAUGACCUACAGGGCAAGGAGGGGCAUCAGCGACAGGAGGUGGAUCUAAGGAACCCUUGGGUCUGGUUCACCCAUCAGUUGGAAAUGGUCAAGACGGUCUUGAACAAGGACGCUAGGCGGGUUUUCGGAAUCGACGACCAGAAUUCCAGUAAUGGGCUGUUUCAACAGGGUCAUCGUCUCAAGGCUUUGCUUCGCGGAAGAAUGAAUGUGUAG